UCGUUCAAGGAACUCUUCUAAUUUGUGUAUAUAUGCAAAAACGUGAUUUUACUAACCAACAUAUUACUCGAAUUUUCCCACCAUGGAAACUCCAAACAAAACAGAGCCAGAGCUCUCGUUCUCAAUUCCAGUGGAUUCUGAUCAUAAAGCCACUAAGCUAAAAUUACUCUCUGUAUCAUCGCCUCACAUGAGAGCCUUCCAUCUUGCAUGGCUCUCUCUGUUCGCUUGCUUCUUCUCAACUUUCUCCAUUCCACCUCUCCUCCCGAUAAUCCGCGAAGAACUCAACCUCACACAAGCUGAUAUCGGCCAUGCUGGCAUCGCGUCCUUUGUGGGCUCCAUCUUCUCGCGCCUCGCUAUGGGCCCUGUCUGCGACUCCUUCGGGCCUCGUAUCGCCUCUGCCACGGUCUCUCUUGUGACUGCACCAGCUGUGUUAGCCGUCUGCUUUGUCUCCUCGCCUCUGUCAUUGAUUGUUCUUCGCUUUCUUAUCGGCUUUUCGUUGGCCAAUUUUGUGUCCAGCCAGUUCUGGAUGAGCUCCAUGUUCUCAGGAUAUACUGUGGGAGUUGCUAAUGGACUUGUGGCUGGAUGGGCCAACGUUGGUUCUGGCCUUACACAACUCAUUAUGCCAUUAAUUGUCUCGUUAAUCGCGUACUUAAAUGUUUCCUCUUUUCCUGCUUGGCGCGUUGCGUUUAUUUUACCUGCAACGCUCCAAGCAGUGACAGCUAUUAUGGUCCUGACGCUGGGUCAGGACCUACCAGACGGGAACUAUAAACAAUAUAGUUCCCGUAGAACGAACAAAAACAAAGAGACCGUGAUCAAGGGACUUAUUCACGGGCUCCUAAACUACAGAGGAUGGAUUCUCGCCUUAAUCUAUGGCCUUUGUUUCGGAGUGGAGAUGACUAUAGAUAAUAUCAUUGCAGAAUACUUUUACGACAGGUUUAGCUUGGAUCUUGAAACUGCAGGGGCUAUAGCAGCUAGCUUCGGGCUGGCCAAUAUUGUGUCAAGGCCGGCUGGUGGGUUGCUUUCGGAUUUGAUGGGGAAGAUGUUUGGAAUGAGAGGGAGGCUCUGGAGUUUGUGGUUGGUGCAAAUGGUGGCUGGUUUGUUAUGCGUGGCGCUUGGAAGAGCGAACUCACUGUGGGGUUCUAUACUCGCUAUGGUUGGCUUUUCUUUGUUUGUGCAGGCUGCAUCUGGUCUUACGUUUGGUGUGGUCCCUUUUGUUUCCAACAGGUCAUUGGGAGUUAUAUCAGGGAUGACAGGGAGUGGUGGAACAGUUGGGGCAGUGGUGACUCAGCUAUUACUGUUUUCAGGCUCAAACAAAUUUCCAACACAAACAGGCAUCUUUCUAAUGGGACUUCUCAUGAUCUUAUCUACACUACCGCUUACAUUGAUCUACUUUCCACAAUGGGGUGGGAUGUUCUGCGGGCCUUCAAUCUCUUCAGAUCACUACUACCUGAUUGCCUAAAGAUCCUCAUAUUAAUGCAGCAUGAAUUUAGGAAGGAUAGAGCUUAAAAAAUUUCAAUUAAAUUGUCGUUGUAUUAUUAACACAAAGUAUGGUAUACCAAUUAAGCACUCUUCUUGUUA